GUCUGCCCGCGGUGACACAGUCAUGAUGGCCGCUGUGCGUCGGUUUCUGGCUCUUCGAAACAAGUUCACCAGCCCUACAAACGGUUUAAGCCUAUCCUUUAACAGCAGGCAGUCAUCGAGGGAAAGAGCAGUUCUGAGGCGUGUAGGGACAGGGCUGUGUAUCACUGUCGGCGGAUUCGCUGUUGUUUACUACAAUUCGAGUCCGGAUCGGGGGCACGCAUCUAGUCUGCGUGCAUUGAUUUCUCCGCUCCCAGCUGUGGCUGCAAAAGAGAAGGCCAGUGCAUCUGCUGAAGAUGAAGAGGUUUUGAUGUCAGCUCAUGAGCACAGGUUCAGGCUCUUCAGUUCACUGGAGUAUGAAGGACAGCUUUACAUGACUCCCCUCGACUUUAUCGAGUCCAUCACUAUGAGCGAACCAAAGAAAAAGAGGUUUUGGAGAUCCCUCACGAAACAGGAUCUAGACAAGAUUCUGUCAGAUACGCCACCUGUUUGGAAAGGAUCAUCCAGUUUGUUCCGAAACCUGCGGGAAAGAGGUGUCAUCGCUUACACAGAGUAUCUGUUUCUGCUUUGUAUUUUGACAAAGCCGCAUGCAGGUUUUAAAAUAGCUUUCAACAUGUUUGAUGCAGAUGGCAAUGAAAUGGUGGAUAAGAGGGAAUUCAUGGUGCUGGAGGAGAUAUUCCGUAGGAAAAAUGAAAAGAAAAAAGAGCGGGCAGGAAAUCCUGACAGUUCCUCUCAACUGAGUGUGGAACUGUAUGGACAUCAAGGAUCUGUUACCAGCAAUCACGAAACAGAAAAUGUCGUCGACACAACUCUGCUGGUGCAUUUCUUUGGAAAAAAGGGCAAAAGUGAACUUAACUUUGAUGACUUCUACAGAUUCAUGGACAACCUGCAGACAGAAGUCCUUGAGAUUGAGUUCCUCAGUUAUUCCAAGGGUAUGACCACCAUCAGUGAGGAAGACUUUGCUCGUAUCCUGCUGCGCUACACCACAGUGGAGAACAUUACAGGCUAUCUUGAGAAUGUGCGUCAAAGCAUACCCGAUGAGAAGGGCAUCAUGUUUGAAGAGUUUAGGUCCUUUUUUCAGUUUCUCAACAACUUAGAGGAUUUUGCAAUUGCCAUGCAAAUGUACAACUUUGCAAAUCGCCCAAUUGGACAAGAUGAGUUUGCACGUGCGGUCUAUGUGGCCACUGGCCUGAAGCUGUCACGACACCUCGUCAACACUGUUUUUAAGAUCUUUGAUGUGGACCAUGAUGACCAGCUCAGCUACAAAGAGUUCAUUGGAAUAAUGAAGGACCGGCUGCAUCGUGGCUCCUGGGGAUAUAAUGGUGAAGAGAGAUUCACAUCCUUUAAAGCCUGUAUGAAGAAGGAGCUCACUGCUAAAUAGGUGAAACUCCCUUUGAGUGUUUCUCUUCACCCUCACAUCACACUGAAGAAAUCUCAAGUUGGAUUAAAGCUCUCAGUGACUCGACGCAAUUAUCUACCUGACCUGUGUCAAACUCUGUAAGAUACAAAUUCAGCCAGAAUUAGAUUUACACAUGCUACCUCCUUAGACUGUAGUUGCAACUUUGUCACUCGGCUGGCACUUUCUGAACUCUUUAAAAGCCAUUAACUAAAAGGGAUAACACUUAUGAAUGAAAUAGCCAUAAUACUUUUAUUAAUCAAAGUUAUUUAUUAAAGGUCUUAUACAUUUAAAUGGGUCAAGUGCCCACAUUUUCGGAUAGAUUAUGUUGAUUAAUGAAUUACAAAGUAGUGUCUUUAUUUAUGAUGACAUAUUAUUUAAAGGGAACUGUGUUGAAAUGAAAAUGGGAAUGUUGAUGGAGUGUACAGUUAUUUAUUCUAAUUAUCUAUCUAUUUUGUGUAAAGAAAAUGUUUUGCGGGUUUUAUUGCCUCUGUAAUGCUGUAUUGGCAAUGCAUUGUUAUAUUUGCUUCUCUAGGAGUUAUAAGCCAGAUAAUCUUUGCUUACAAUGAGCACAUUGCUAAAAUAGUUUCUCUGAGCUUGUCCACUGCCCACCACCCAGAUCAGCUUACAAGGGUCUGACAGUGCUGAGUGCACACAGUAAUAAUGAGUCCUCAGUCAUCUCACAAUGUGCUACACAUACAGAUCCCUCUCUCCCGCUCUUUCAUGAGUUUCUUACAGUGCCGCUCCUUUAAGAAGCAUCUUGUGAAGCCAGAGCAACAAACGAGAGAAGAAACUGAAUCCCACUGAACUCUUACCAGGCCCGAUUUCAUGUAGGUUUCGAGAUUGGACAUCAAUCUCUGUUAAUCAUGUUAGAACAGUCUCAAAUGACUUGUCUUCAGAAUAUUGACAGUGCUUUAGACUUUAGUUAUUUCCCAUUAUUCUUUGAGGUGAUUAAGCAUAUUACAGUUUUCUGCAUAAUACAGUGUGCAGUUUUUGUUACCAUUGUGAUACAUAUAUAAUGGAGACCAGGGCUAGUUGUCACACUUUACUCCAAUGGAUAUCCAAUGGAUAAUUCUCAGGGUAUGUUUAUUUUUUUUAAGUCAACAUUUGUGCAGAUAUUUUAAAGCCUUGGCUGCAAAAAGCCUUUUGAACAUUAUCACCAUUAUUGCCCAGGAAACUGAACACAUAUUGACCUAGCAGUGCAUGGUGUCAUAUACAAGGUUAGCUGUUAUUAUGCAACCUUUUUUUCCCUUUCUAAUUUAUUCUAAUUAAAGAACCAGCAUAAAACAAGCAUUUGUGUAUCUGGACCUUUUACUUAAAACUUCAUAUUAUUAACUUUUGUAACCACUGCCUUGAGACAAUUAGCUCCGGUUUCAAUUUCCUAUAGAAUAUAGGUCAUGUUUGAGGCAUAUGUUUUGUUUUUUCUGUCCAGUGCUUCAUAACUAUUGUAACAAUUAUUUUGAGACUAUAUCCAAAAUAUUCAAAACCAAGUUUGAAGUCUGCCCUACAACUGCCAUCCUUGGGGUUCCCAAAGCUUGGACUCAGUUUACAGCUAAACAGUUAGAUGUAUACUUGCCUUCUUUAUUGGCUAGACGACAAAUCUGAUUUCUUUAGAAGUCCACCAAACCAACAGCUAUCUCACAGUGGCUUGUGGAUACUAUGUACUUUUUGAAAUUGGAGCAUAUAAUAUGCUCUUGGUAUGCCUGUUAUGGUUUUUUCAAGAUAAAUGACAACCUUUUAUAUCAAUUUCACUACCUUCAGAUUGUAUACUCAAUAAUAAUAAUAAUUAUAUAUAUAUAUAUGUAUGAAAAUUUAAUAUAGGCCAUGACUUAGAUCUUUACAUCUUAAAAUAGCUUAUUCUAUUAGAUAAGUCAUAUACAUAUUUUAAGAUAUUAAGAUCAUUAUUAUAUUGUUUUUUUUCUUCAUUUAUUACAGUGUGCAUCUGUC